CUAAUGAAAUGUCAGUUUAGGCAGCAAAGCUAAUUCUGAGCAUCACCUUUUGCCCCCAGCCUGAGGAGCUGCAUCUUUACCAAGAAAUAUGCCAAGAUACACAGUGCAUGUGCGAGGAGAAUGGCUGUCAUUGCCUUGUAAAGAUUCCUCAAAAACUAUCAGAUGUCUGGGUAAGGAAGCACUGAGGAGGUACAUCAAAAAUAAGCCUGAUAAUGGAGGCUUUGUAACUCUGGAGAACGUGACGUUUAACCUGCGGAGAUGUAAAGGCUUGGGCUUACUGGACCUAGAUGACAAACUAGAAGAUGCAUUGGAGGAUAACGAGUUUGUGGAAGUUGUUGUGGAAGGCGAUGUGAUGUCUCCAGAUUUUAAUCCAUCUCAGCCUGAGGGUGCCCAUUUAUAUAGCAAAUAUAAAGAGCCUGAGCAGUAUAUUGAAAUGGAUGGAGAGAGUCUGACAACAGGGGAUUUGCUCAACCUAGGAAAAGGACUCUAUAAAAUAAAGCUUACCGCAGAGGCUGCACAGAGAGUGAAGCAGUCCAGACUUCUUAUCGAAAGCAUUGUGAAUGAGAAAAAAGUGGUGUAUGGAAUUACUACAGGAUUUGGGAAGUUUGCUCGCACUGUAAUCCCAGUCAGCCGGCUGAAUGAUCUCCAAGUCAACCUUGUUCGUUCCCAUUCAGCAGGUGUUGGAAAGCCCCUAAGUCCUAACCGUACACGUAUGCUUUUGGCUUUGAGAAUCAAUGUCUUAGCAAAAGGAUAUAGUGGCGUUUCACCGGAGACACUUCAACAAGCAAUUGACGCAUUUAAUGCUUGUUGCUUGCCAUACAUCCCUGAAAAAGGAACUGUUGGAGCUAGUGGAGAUCUUGCUCCUUUAUCUCAUCUUGCUUUGGGCUUAAUAGGAGAAGGAAAGAUGUGGUCACCUAAAAGUGGCUGGGCUGAUGCUAAAUAUGUUCUUGAGGCUCAUGGAUUAAAACCAGUGUCUUUGAAACCAAAAGAGGGUUUAGCUCUCAUCAAUGGUACGCAGAUGAUCACAUCGCUAGGCUGUGAGGCUGUGGAGAGAGCCAAUGCAAUUGCCAAGCAAGCAGAUAUUAUUGCUGCUCUCACGUUGGAAGUGCUAAAGGGAACUACAAGAGCCUUUGAUUCUGAUAUCCACAGAUUAAGACCUCAUCCUGGCCAGGUGGAGGUGGCUUUUCGGUUUAGAUCACUUCUAGAUUCGGAUCACCAUCCUUCAGAGAUAGCUGAAAGUCACAGAUUUUGUGACCGGGUUCAAGAUGCUUAUACACUACGCUGCUGCCCUCAGGUUCAUGGUGUGGUGAACGAUACCAUUGACUUUGUUAGGAACAUAAUUUCAACAGAAAUUAACAGUGCUACAGACAAUCCUAUGGUUUUUGCAGAAAGAGGAGAAACCAUUUCAGGGGGAAACUUUCAUGGUGAAUAUCCUGCAAAGGCCUUGGAUUAUCUUGCCAUUGGGGUGCAUGAACUUGCCUCAAUUAGUGAGAGAAGGAUUGAAAGACUCUGUAAUCCGUCCCUCAGUGAAUUACCAGCAUUUUUAGUCACUGAGGGGGGGUUAAACUCCGGCUUCAUGAUCGCCCAUUGUACAGCUGCUGCACUUGUUUCUGAAAAUAAAGCUUUGUGUCACCCAUCCUCAGUGGACUCCCUCUCCACAAGUGCUGCCACUGAAGACCAUGUAUCUAUGGGAGGCUGGGCAGCAAGGAAAGCUUUGAGAGUUAUUGAACACGUGGAACAUGUGCUGGCUAUUGAGCUUCUUGCCGCCUGCCAGGGGAUUGAAUUUCUACGCCCUCUUAAAACGACCACUCCAUUGGAGAAAGUCUAUGACCUUGUUCGCUCUGUUGUUAGGCCUUGGAUGAAGGACCGCUUCAUGGCUCCAGACAUCGAGGCAGUUCACAGAUUACUUGUUGAUGAAAAGGUUUGGCUUGUGGCAGAACCAUAUAUUGAGAAAUAUAGAAUGGAGCACAUUCCUGAAUCCAGACCAGUUUCACCUACAGCUUUCUCUGUGGAUUCAAUGAACUUGAGCAACUCCUCUGUACAUGACCACCGGGACCAUCCUGGCAAUCACAAUGAAUCUUAGACUACCCUAAUUUGAAUACCAUAAAACCAUAGCUUACUCAUGGCGCUUGUAGUCGAGCUCCAUCGGUGCAGAUCAGAAACCUGAGAUGUUAAGAUAACAUUUGUAACAUAGAUGAAAGUCCUAAAAUGAAGC